AUGGCGUGUUGGCGGGAUGGCAACACACUCGAAAUCAGUUUGAAUUCGCCAAUACCCGAGCAGGCGUCGACUUGGCGGGAGGUAGACAAGAGGUUUUGGCCUACGUUCUUGUGGAGUGACAAUCCUUGGCUACGGGAAGUAGGGGGAGCUGUUCUUACAAGCAAGAAAUAUCAUCGGAUCCGAGUGUGCGCGUUAGCCGAGCUACACAUUCAGCGAACUGGAGUAGCAUCAUACUCCAUCGCAAUCCCGUCUCCAGUACAGGAAACCAAGCACCACACCCGACCAAAGCUGGGCCGAUGGGGAUUGGCGGUUCUUCUUGGAUCACCACCACUGGCGAUUGUGGAGGAGAUGCGGGUCAAGCGGGAGCUGAAUCUACGACAUCAACCGGAGUUACAACAUCAAUAUUUCUGGACAGUGAAUGCACAAGGAGCAGUUAGUGGAGUCGUUCUCGAUGACCAGCGACGGAAAGUCGCUUCCCUUCGGCUGCACCAGCACGAAGAUGGUAUUCAUUGGGAACUCAGAGCCACCAUUCCCUACCACACAGCUUAG